CCAGAACUCGGGAAUCCCCUCAUUUACCCUGGCAUUAACCACGGCCCAAUUACUCCUCUCCUUCCUUUUCCUGUUGCCUUCCACCGUCGUCGUCUUCUCUGCCCAUGAAUGAAUCUGUAUUUAAUGACUUUAAUUUCUGGUGGAAGACGCUUUACUGGCCAUCGCUGUUGUCAUCUACAUAAUACGACUGCGCCAAUCUCCACUCUUUCCUCUACCAGUGGCUCGCGAAGGAAUGGAAGACGAAUCUGUGACCGGCCCCCAGGGCGCCAAUGAAGCUGCCUCGUCCUCCUCCUCCCCAUCCUCCUCCCCCUCUCAAAAGAUUGAACACCAGACCCUGCAACCAAUAGUUGAAGGCAUUACUUAUCUGAAUUCUAGUAAUGCAACAGAUCUCGCUCUUCAAAUACCCUCUAGAGGCACUUCAUCUAGUGGAGGUUUUUCUCGUGGGCGAAGCUUCAAAAACAAGACACCUGUAGUUGAUGGAGAGAGAAGUUCGCUUCUAAAUCCUGUACUUGCUGAAGAUCCAGACAAAAGGGAGGGCACUGAAACUGCUUUUUAUGCUAAUAUUGUGUCAGCUUUUUCAUGGAAAAGAUGCACAUCACUUCCUAAUACCCCAGCACCCUGUUUAUCUCCUUCACCUGUCAAUAACAGGGCAUAUGAACAGCAGAGCUCCCAGAAGCCAGCUGCACAAUCUAAAGUUCCAAGAUCACUGUCUGUACCUGUACGAAAUAUUGUUAUUGUCAGAUCUGUAUCUUUCUCUGUUCAAAAUGAGGACACGUCUUCAGAGCCUCCUGAUGAUCAACAAGGUCCAAUGACUGAGGAUAAUGAUGAAGAGAUUCCUGAAGACGAAGCAGUUUGCAGGAUUUGUCUAAUUGGGCUAAAUGAAGGUGGAAAUUGGCUUAAGAUGGAGUGUAGUUGCAAAGGUGCCCUAAGGCUCAUACAUGAAGAAUGUGCUGUGAAGUGGUUCAGCCUGAGAGGCAACAAGAAAUGUGAAGUCUGCAGCCAAGAGGUUCUCAAUUUGCCAGUAACUUUGUUACGUAUUCAGAAUGCUGCUCAUAGGGACAGUGGUCAGCAACAUCCUGGACAGAGCUCAAGUUUGUUGUUAACCAGGACGUGGCAGGAUGUGGCUGUGCUGUUGCUUAUCAGCGCAAUGUGUUACUUCUUCUUCCUUGAGCAGCUACUGGUUAAUGACAUGAAAUUGCAUGCCGUUAUGGUUGCUGCACCAUUUUCACUGACUCUGGGUCUCUUAGGAUCAGUGUUUUCAGUGGCAUUAGCACGCAAGGAGUAUGUUUGGGCUUAUUCAGCUUUUCAAUUCUCGCUUGUCAUUAUAUUUCUUCAUCUAUUCUAUUCUGUGAUUCAAUUGAAAGCAGUUUUUGCAAUCCUGAUCGCGUCGUUUGCUGGAUUUGGUAUUUCAAUGGGAAUUAAUUCGUUGUUUCUUCAGUUCUUUGCAUGGAGAGAUCGGGCUGUCCAACAACAAAUGAACACUAACCCAGUGUAGAUGAAUCAUAUCUGUAACACAUGAGCCGUCCAGUUACAUUAAAUCUACAUAUUUAUUAGCUGUUAUCUUAUUAAAAAUUCAGAUACAAGCAAAUUUCUAUAAAUAAUAGUCCAAGUUGAUCCUUGGAGUUUGAUGACCA